GCAGGGGCUGCUGUCCCCUCCCUGUGAAUGUGGCUGCCCCUUCCCGGGGGGACCUGCCGGGGUCUGCAGCAGUGGGCGAGGGAGGGACCCGGGACCCCCCCCACUGGGUCCUGCGCUCCCACACUGCCCAUCCCACAGGACACGGACAUCCAGAAGAAGAUUGACCACGAGAUCCGGAUGCGGGAGGGGGCCUGCAAGCUGCUGGCUGCCUGCACGCAGCGGGAGCAGGCGCUGGAGGCCACCAAGAGCCUCCUGGUGUGCAACAGCCGCAUCCUGGCCUACAUGUCGGAGCUGCAGCGCAUGAAGGAGGUGCAGGUGAUGCAGCGCGUGGCCAGGCGCCCCUCAGAUGCUGGCCCCACGGACGACCGCCUGCCUUGCCGGGGCAGGGUCUGCAUCUCAGACCUGCGCAUCCCGCUGAUGUGGAAGGACACGGAGUACUUCAGGAACAAGGGAGAGCUGCACCGCUGCGCCGUCUUCUGCCUCCUCCAGAUCGGGGUGGAGAUCUACGACACCGAGAUGGUGCUGGUGGACCGGACCCUCACCGACAUCUGCUUUGAGAACGCCGUCCUCUUCACGGAGGCCGGGCCGGACUUCGAGCUGAAGGUGGAGCUGUACAGCGCGGGGCUGGAGGAGGAGGCGCCGGGCAGCGCACCCAAGAAGCUGGCCAGCAAGCUCAGCAGCUCCCUGGGCCGCUCCUCGGGCCGCCGGCUGCGCACCGCCAUGGACGGGAGCCCCGGCAGCCCCGGCGGUAACGGUGGCAGCGGCCCCCUGCUGCUGCCGGCCCCCAGCGUGCCGGGCCCCAAGUAUCACCUGCUGGCGCACGCGGUGCUGUCUCUGGCCGAGGUGCAGGACGGUUUCCGCACCCACGACCUCGCCAUCGCCUGCAAUGAGGAGAGCUCCUUCUGGCUGCCGCUGUACGGCAGCAUGUGCUGCCGCCUGGCCGCCCAGCCCCGCUGCAUGGCCGCCCAGAUGAUGUGCGGCUUCCUCAAGGUGCAGCAGGCGUCGGGGGAGCCGCAGGGCUGGGCUCGGCUGUUCUGCGUCCUGCGUGGCACCAACCUCCUCUGCUACCGGCGCCCGCAGGAGGCUGAGGCCGGCGUGGAGCCGGCGCUCACCAUUGCCAUCAAUAAGGAGACCCGGAUCCGCGCCACGGAGCAGGAGGCGCGCGGGAAGCUGCACAGCAUGUCGGUCACCAACCGCUACGGGGCCGAGGAGGUGACCCACACGCUGCUGGCCGAGAGCCGCGCCGAGACGCAGCGCUGGAUGGAGGCCUUCUGGCAGCACUUCUAUGACAUGAGCCAGUGGAAGCAGUGCUGCGACGAGCUGAUGCGCAUCGAGGUGCCGCCGCCGCGCCGGCCGCCCGCCCCGCUGCCACGGCAGGGCUCGCUGUACCACGAGAUGGGUGAGUGCGGCUGGCGCGCGGCUUCCUCAUCCUCCUCCUCAUCCUCCUCCUCAUCCUCCUCCUCAU